CUUUUUUUAAAUGGAUCUACAACAUGCUUUAUUUUUAUGCCUGUCUCUUAUUACACUACCUAAAUUGAUACAUUUUUGGGUUGCAGGGCUAAUUUCUGCCCAUGCCCUGCCUGGUCAAGCAGUGGACAAUGAGGACCAAGCCGGGAAGGUUGUUGGUGGAACUAAUGCUCACCCAAAUAUGUGGAAAUGGCAGGCAUCGCUGCAGUUUGAUAACUGGAACUUGGGCUCCUUUGCCCACAUUUGCGGAGGCAGCCUUGUUAGUGCAGAUUAUGUCAUGACUGCAGCUCACUGUAUUCUAGAUUUGAACGUCAAGAAAUACCGUGUGGUUUUGGGUGAAUAUGACCUCAGUAAGCCUGAGGGCCGGGAACAAGUUUUUGCUGUUAAAACUAUUAAAGUUCAUCCUGGCUGGAAUGAAGAUCUUGCAAAUGGAAAUGAUAUCGCUUUGCUGAAGUUGGACUCUUCAGCUUUUGACAAUGGUUAUGUUGCCAUUGCUGAGCUGCCAUAUCCUGAGCAAACUUUGCCUCAUGGGUUUACUUGCUAUGUCACUGGAUGGGGGCUUCUGGCUACUGGGGGUAGUGCUCCAGACAUCCUUCAACAGGCCCCCAUUGGUGUAGUAGAGCACUCUGUGUGCUCCUCUCCUGAAUGGUGGGGCAGCUUGGCCAAACCAACCAUGGUGUGUGCUGGAGGUGAUGGCUUGACUUCUGGGUGCCAGGGUGACUCAGGUGGACCACUAACCUGCUUCAUCGAUGGCUCUUGGAAAGUGCAUGGCGUGGUCAGCUAUGGCUCUGCUGUAAACUGCAACCUGUACAGCAAACCAACAGUCUUCACUCGCGUGUCCUCUUUUAUUGAUUGGCUGUAUUCUGAACUGGUUUGAAUGCAUAUUACUCUUCAUUAAGGUUAAACCUAAUCGAGGAAUCUAUGGAAAAGUGUGCAAUUUUUUCAUGAACUUGCAUAGUCAAAAUAAAUAAAAAUAAAAAUAUCAUUA